AACCGUCAGAGACGGAAGAGAAAGUGAUAAAUCUCACUGGCUCUUUUUCCUGGCUCAUUUGAAGUCAACGAAAUGAGCAGAACAGACCCAGCUACUAUCGCAAUUGGUGUUUAUGGGAGAACUACCCCUUAAGCAGAGCCUGGAACGGUGACCAACGUAAAUGGACAACGGUAAACAGCGUCUUCAUUUACCUGGAACGUAAUAAAGCCCUUUUUUUUUGAACAUAGUCGUUGACAUUCAGAGAGCUGACAUUCUGAGCCUCAGGUUGUUAGAGUAACUUAUCUCUGUCAGACUUUUAUACACCCUCUUUGAUACAAUCUUACCCAAAUGCAUGAUGGGGGUCUGCCACAACUUCUGGACCCAGCGCCCCCCACCUGAUGCCCAUGAUGCCCAGCCCCUCAUCGCUAAACAAUGCAGUACUGAUGAUAGCCAGAAGGGGGCAGACAGAACACAGCUCAAAAAGAGACGCUGGUGUCGCAACAGCUGCCUUGGCCUGUUUCUGUUCCUGGUCGUGAUGAUGACUGUGGUCAUCCUGGAAGUUGACCUCAAAGAACAGAUCUCACCUUCAACAACCAAGCCAGCAGCAAACAUGUCCCGAGGACCGUACCAUGUACAAUACCCACAUGAGUACUCCUUCAUCCUGGAUGAGCCAGAGAAAUGCCGGGAGCAGAACCCCUUCCUGGUUCUGAUGGUGCCAGUGGCGCCCUAUAACAGGGAGGCCCGUGAGGCCGUCCGCAGGACUUGGGGCAGUGAGAGGCAGGUACUGGGCAGAGAGGUCCGUCUGUUCUUCCUGCUGGGACUGCCCAGUGGAGAGGAGACAGAGCAGCUCCAGGAGAAGGUGCUGCAGGAGAGCAAAGAGCACCAGGAUCUGCUGCAGAGCGACUUCAUAGACGGCUACAAAAACCUGACCAUCAAGACCAUGGUGAUGAUGGAGUGGCUGAGCUCUCGCUGCCCCAACGCCUCCUACGCCAUGAAGAUCGACUCAGACAUGUUCCUCAACGUGAACACCUUGGUCAACAUGCUACUUCACGCUCCAAGGCAGAACUACCAGACUGGACUAGUGGCCCAAUUGGCCGCCGUUCUAAGAGACCGUAACUCCAAAUGGUACCUUCCAAAGGAGGUGUUUCCUGAACCAGUAUACCCACCUUAUGCUCUGGGCCUGGGCUAUGUCUUCACCUUAGACCUCCCCAGGAAGCUGGUGGAGGCGUCCAGGCAUGUUAAAGCCGUCUACAUAGAGGAUGUGUAUCUGGGACUGUGUAUGAGACACCUGGGCAUCCAGCCUACUGACCCCCCCAGUGGAAACCUCUUCCAGGUUUUCCCUGUGGCUUAUGACCGCUGCACCUACUCACGGCUGAUAGCCACCACCACACACAGUAUCACUCACCAGGUCAACGCAUGGACAGACCUACACAAACCUGGUCCUCCCUGCUGAUCUCAUACAGUAACAGACUGACUGAUGUACCAAUCACUUCCUCGUUGUUUGUUCAUACACUAACUAACUAACAAACCAAAAACAAAGAAGGCAACGCCUCCAGGGGAUGGGGGAAAGGAUAUACAACAUUUCUGACAGUGCAUUCGGAAAGUAUUCAGACCCCUCUACUUUUUACACAUUUUGUUACAGACUUAUUCUAAAAUGGAUUAAAUCAAUGUAAAAAAAAACUCAGUAGCCCCCAUAAUGACACAAUACUAUAUAACAAUAUAUAAUAUAAUAUAUAACAAUUAUAUAAUAUAUAAUGACAAAGCAAAAACAGCAUUUUUUAAAUGUUGGCAAAUUUACUAAAUUUACUAAAUUUUCUAUGAGACUCAAAAUUGAGCUCAUGUGCAUCUUGUUUCCAUUGAUCAUCCUUGAGAUGUUUUUACAACUUGAUUGGAGUCCAACUGUGGUAAAUUCAAUUGAUUGGACAUGAUUUGGAAAGGCAACACACCUGUCUAUAUAAGGUCCCACAGUUUACAGUGCAUGUCAGAGCAAAAACCAAGCCAUGAGGUCAAAGGAAUUGUCCGUAGAACUCAGAGACAUGAUUGUGUCGAGGGACAGACCUGGGGAAGGGUACCAAGAAACAUCUGCAGCAUUGAAGGUCCCCAAGAACACAGAGGCCUCCAUCUAUCUUAAAUAGAAGAAGUUUGGAACCACCAAGACUCUUCCUAGAGCUGGCCGCCAAGCCAAACUGAGCAAUCUGUGGAGAAGGUCCUUGGUCAGGGAGGUGACCAAGAACGCAAUGGUCAUUCUGACAGAGCUCUAGAGUUCCUCUGUGGAAGGACAAUGAUCUCUGCAGCACUCCACCAAUCAGGCCUUUAUGGUAUGCUGUGGGGAUGUUUUUUCAAUACCAGUGACUGGGAGACUAGUCAUGAUUGAGGCAAAGAUGAACGGAGCAAAGUACAGAGAGAUCAUUAAUGAAAACCUGCUCCAGAGCACUCAGGCCCUCAGACUGGGGUUACGGUUCACCUUCCAACAGGACAACGACCCUAAGCACCCCGCCAAGACAACGCAGGAGGGGCUUUGGGACAAGUCUCUGAAUGUCCUUGACUGGCCCAGCCAGAGCCCAGACUUGAACCCGAUCAAACAUUUCUUGAUAGAUCUAAAAAUAGCUGUGCAGCAAUGCUCCCCUAUCCAACCGGACAGAGCUUGAGAGGCUCUGUAGAGAGGAAUGGGAGAAACUCCCCAAAUACAGGUGUGCCAAGCUUGUUGCGUCAUACCCAAGAAGAUUCAAGGCUGUAAUCACUGCCAAAGGUUAUUCAACAAAGUACUGAGUGAAGGGUCUGAAUACUUUCCAAAGGCACUGUAUACCUUGGUGAAGAACAUUAACACCCUGAAUGACCAGUUUCUUCACGUUACGUCCUUUGGGAGAAUGUUGUUUUGUUCUGAACCGAGGCAGACACCUUGCUACACCGGUUUUUGAUUCCUAAGGCUUUUUUUAAACAUAGACUGAGAGCAGCAGUUAUCUGUCUAACGUGGACAUGGUGAUGGACUGGACAGGACUAACAAAUGGAUGCAAUGGGUUGGAUCUGUCUGUGGUGAAUGUGUGUACAGCACUGAAGCAGCAGAAACCCAGAACAAGUUAAACAGGUUUAUCGUAAUGGAGACGAGUUGGCUGUGUUUAGACAGGCAGCCCAAUUCUGAUAUAUUUUUCCACUAAUUGUUCAUUUGACCAAUCACAUCUCUUUCAGAGCUGAUGUGAUGGUGACAAGUCUAAACACAGCCAACUAGUCUCUACGGCCUGCAACGAAAACAUGCGGACUCUCCUUCACUGCAGCCGAGGUGAGUAAAACAUUUAAACGUGUUAACCCUCGCAAGGCUGCAGGCCCAGACGGCAUCCCCAGCCGCGCCCUCAGACCAUGCGCAGACCAGCUGGCUGGUGUGUUUACGGACAUAUUCAAUCAAUCCCUAUACCAGUCUGCUGUUCCCACAUGCUUCAAGAGGGCCACCAUUGUUCCCGUUCCCAAGAAAGCUAAGGUAACUGAGCUAAACGACUACCGCCCCGUAGCACUCACUUCCGUCAUCAUGAAGUGCUUUGAGAGACUAGUCAAGGACCAUAUCACCUCCACCCUACCUGACACCCUAGACCCACUCCAAUUUGCUUACCGCCCAAAUAGGUCCACAGACGAUGCAAUC